GGUCCGGAAGGAUGCUGACCGUUCACUUUCUCUCCCUCCCCUCCACACCUCUCCUCUCCUCUCCUGCUACUCGCUCUUCCCUCUUUCCUCUACCCAAACAUUACCAGUCCUCCUUCCAUGGCCACUGCCUCACCCUUUGCCCGGGCAUUGCCCCGAAGUUACCACCCUAGUGCUCGUCCUACACCUGCUGCAUCUGCAUCUGCCCGCCCCCUCCUCACUUCCCAGAAACCGCCGCACAGCUUUUACCAUGCUCAUGCUCCUGCUAAUCCAAUUCCCGUAUCAUCAUCCGUUACUGUGGGGAGUUACCAUUCUACCUCUCGGGUAAUCCUGACGACGAGGUGCAAGGCGAUGGAGGUGUCCGUGGAGGAAGGGUCGGCGUCAGGGGGAGGAGGAGGAGACAACUGGGUGCCGGUGGUGCCACUGGCGGCGCUGCCAAGGGGGGAGCGGCGGGUGAUAAUUCAGGAUGGGGAGGCCAUACUGUUGCUGUGGUACAAGGAUCAGGUGUAUGCUAUAGAGAAUCGGUCCCCUGCCGAAGGGGCUUACAGCGAAGGCCUUCUCAAUGCCAAGCUCACCCAGGAUGGGUGUAUAGUUUGCCCAUCAACUGAUAGCACAUUUGACCUGCUCACCGGCGGCAUCAAGGAGUGGUAUCCGAAAAACCCCGUGCUGAGAGUUCUUACACCCGCUUUGCGGACGCUUUUCGUUUACCCCGUCAAAACUGAUGAAGAGAACAUUUACAUCAGCCUCGGCCCUGCUUCCGUUGAUGCUGCCGCCGCUGCCGAGAUUGUCUUCAGUGGCAAGGCUCAACCUGGUUUUACAGCCGCUGAUGUCAAUGUGGAUGAGGUGAAAAUGGUGGUGGAUGAGGAUCUGGACGCGGCGUUCGGCUUCACGGGGAGGAAUGAAAUAAUAAACGGGAAGGCGGCAGUGAUCGGGUUCCUGUUGUUGUUAGAUUUUGAACUCUUGACUGGGAAAGGUCUUCUUAAGGGGACAGGCUUCUUGGACUUUAUUUACUCUGUUUCUAAUGCUUUGCAGUAAACGUUUCCAAAUGUUAAAUAAAAUGUUUCUUCCAA